GGACUGACUGGUCCUGUUAUGACUGGCCGGUCUUCUCAGUUCGACACUGGAUCCGGGAGAGCUCAAUAAACUGUUAUAACACGUUUGGCAGUCAGAAGUGAGUCAGCCCAACGCAAUGUGAUAUGUUAUCAGAAAGCAGACAGCUCACCUGUAGGUCAGGUGGUCUCAGCUCACUGAGGCUCCACCUCCUGCUGAUGUGCAGCUCUGCUCGCCCUGAGCGCCUCUCUCAGGUCUCUCCACACACUUUCAGCUGCCACGACGCAAACAACCGACCCGCACUGUUUCUCUGUCCGGACGCCAUAGCCAGCGUCUCGCUUCUUCAACUUGUCCACCAUGAGUGUCAUGGCCUCAGAGACCGUGUUUUUGUCCGCUUUACAGCCCAACACCUCGGUCACCACCUACGGGCUCCCGUCCGAGACCCAGCUGGAGAAUGGGAGCUCCGUGUCGGACACGGCGUCCAGAGCGCGGCGCGUCCAGCAGCAGGUCCAGAUGAGACUGGCCGAGUCUAAGUCCACACUCCCGCGGCAGAAUGGCUCAGCUUCGCACUACGCCAUGUCAGACUAUGGCGGCUCUUCCACAAUGAAAUAUCAAACCUAUAACCCUGCAAGUUUCAGCUCUAAAUCAUCCUAUAUCUACACAGGCUCCAGAACAAUGGGUCCACGUGUAUCCCAGAGGACAGGUUUCAGCUGCCAGUCUGCUGGCCCAGACCUGGCCCAGUUCAACAGGAUGAGUGUUGGAGGUGGAGGAGCUGGUGGUGGUGGCGGCGGCAGCAGUUUUUACAGAGAAGACAUGCGCAUGGGUAACUACCAAGGGAACGUCAGACAACAGGGCAGAAUGGACUCAGAGACCAUCUCUGUGCAUUCAAUGCGGCAACCAGUACCGCUCGUGAGUCCCUGGAUGGUUGACAGCAGUGAUGCUGGCAGCUUAAUCUCCGAACGGGACGCCACCUACGGCAACCAGUAUGCUCAGAGCGCACUCAACGGCUACACCACCCAGAUGAGGCAAGCAGGAGGUGCCUCCAUGACCUCCAUGCGCCGAUCUCUUAGCGGUACUCUUUCCCGCGGCGGAGGCAUGGCAGGAGGAGAGGUAGAGAUCGUCCAGCAGCCUUCCUUCAGAGGCCCAGCCCACCGCACCAUCAGCAGGAUUGCGAACCGAAACAACAGGAUGAGCAUGGGCUCCAUGUCCGGGGGAACCUUUGGUAGAGGAGGGGACACAGUGGACAGGGGGUUCAUCGCAUCCGGGGUGUCCUCUGGUUCCCAGGGGAACCUGUUAAUCCAGCGUCAGGGCAACCUGUCCCGUGCCAUGUCAAUCAAAAGCAUGCACAGUGUUGGCAGGGGCAUGGACAUCUGCACUGGGCAGAUGGAGAUGGGAGCCAGCAUGGGCAACCUCAGCGGGAUCACCUCCUUGGACAUGCCCACUGCAGUGCAAAACCUGAGAGAGCCCGAUCAUGAUUUGCAGGUCCUGGGUGCUGCCUACAUUCAACAUGAGUGUUACAAUGACAGCAAUGCCAAAAAUGAGGUGCGUCGCUUGAAGGGCAUCGGUGAGCUGGUGAAGCUGUUCAACAGUGAGAACCAGGAAGUGCAGCGUUACGCCACUGGCGCCACACGCAACCUCAUCUACGAGAAUAUGGACAACAAAGUGGCCCUGAUCGAGGAAGGCGGCAUCCCACAGCUGGUUGAUGCACUCAAGGACCAAGACGACGAGCUCCACAAAAAUAUCUCAGGUAUCCUGUGGAACCUUUCAUCCAAAGACAACCUGAAAGAGAAACUAACCAGGGAGACACUUCCUGAGCUGACUGAGAGGAUCCUCAUCCCCCUGUCGGGCAGCGGAGACGCUGACGAAAUCUGUCAGUCGCCCUCUGAGGCAGAAAUCUUCUACAACACCACAGGAUGCCUCAGGAAUCUGAGCUCUGCAAGCGAAAAGGCCCGUCAGCAGAUGAGAGAAACACACGGACUGGUGGACUCUUUGGUUGGCUACAUCAAGGCCUCCCUUGAGGAGAACAAGUCAGAAGAUAAGGGGGUGGAAAAUGCAGUGUGUGUCUUGAGGAACCUCUCCUACCAGCUCUACAGUGAGAUGCCUCCAUCUGCUAUACUGCGCCUGGAAGGACCAACCAGAUCUCAGGACACAGGGAAAGGGGAAGCCAUUGGUUGCUUUACACCUCAGAGCAAGAAAGCCAAAAACAGGAAGAACCAGGAUCUCUCCACUUUCACUGAGGUCGCCCGAGUGCCAAAGGGCAUGGAGUGGCUGUGGCACCCUCAGAUAAUCGGGGUGUACAACCGCGUGCUGCAUCAGUGUGAGAUCAACUCCACCACUCGUGAGGCAGCUGCUGGAGCUCUGCAGAACAUCACAGCUGGAGACAAGAGGUGGGCAUCAGUGCUGAGCCAGGUGGCUCUGGAGCAGGAACGCAUGUUGCCAGUGCUGAUGGACCUCAUGCGAACCAACAGUGACCUGGAGCUGCGUUCCCUCACAGGCUUCCUCCGAAAUCUAUCGCGCCACGCAAGGGACAAGGGUGACAUGGCUACAAAGACGGUAAACAACUUGGUGUCUAAGCUGCCCGCCGACGGACACCAGAAGGAGCCCUCCAGUGAGGUGGUGGUCAACAUCUGUGGCAUCCUCAAUAACUUGGUGACCAGCAGCUCUCUAGCUGCCAGAGACAUCACCUUCUUUGACGGCCUGACAAAACUGGUCGCCAUCAAGAACUCAGGUGACAGCAGCCCUGGGAAGAUGAAAGCAUCCAAAGCAGCAGCCACAGUUCUCAGCAACAUGUUCCAGUACAAGAAACUGCACAAACAGUACAAAGAGAAAGGGUUUACAAGACCGGAUUUUGCAGAUAUGACGAUCUGAAACAAAGGUAAUACCUAAAGCAGUGAACCUGCACUCUGCCAGCACCCAAUGGAAGAAAUAUUUUCUUGUGCAGGAGUAAAUAAACUCUUAAUACUAUUCAAAGAUAACCUAGGCUCAGUGUCUAUCUACCAUACUUUGUGAUAAGAACAGUAACGCAAGUGAUGGAGGAUCUACCCGAUGGGGAAAAAAAAGGACUUCCUGUGUAUUUUAAAAACUUGAUGGACAUCAGAACAGUGCAAGGAAAAUGGAUCCGGUGUGAUGGACUCUGAUGCAAAUGUGUGCACCUUAACCAUUUGCUCUCUUUGUUUUGGACCGUGUAUGUGUUUAGUGUGGAAUCAGGGUUUUCUUUCCUGUCAGAGCAACAUGUAUCCAGAUGAAAACUGCAGCUGUUUGUGUUUCUACUGUUUCACAACAGUGUCAGACUGUUAAUGGACAAUAUGGUGGACACUGGUGCCUUAUCUUCUCACUGUUGCGCUUAAUUUUCAGCAUGAAUGCAACAAAGUUGGUACUCACAUGGCAUUUUUGUAAAUAUUGCUUUGUAUUUUACACAGAAAUCAGAUGAAAUGUUUUAUAUACUGUAGCUAUGUACUUUUGUAGUUUUUGGAUAGAUGAGUAUGUGUUUAUAUGUGUGUCAAAAUUAUAACAUGUAGUGAUAACUGAAUGUGCACCAGAGGAAAUAUUUAGAAGUACAGAAAUUUUCAUGUCAAUAGUUUUGAUUUAGAAAUCUGGGGAUGAUUACUGUGCCUCCAGAGUUGACUUUUAUACUUAGUUAUGAGCUCGUGAACUCUAUCGUCAUUAAAAAAAAAUGCUGAUUUGAGUCUUUUGUAAUCAGUUUGUCAAACAUAAAGUGCCAUUUCGUCCAUUUUUUUCCUUCUUUCUUUAACAUGCCAUCGUAACUGCUAUUUGUCUAAUGUAAUUAAUAGUGUGAGAGUGAAACACAGGGGUGCAAGGAUACAGUCCUAACUUUGUUUUCAGAACAAAUGCAAUAUUUGUUUAGUAUUUGAGACCAACUGCAAAAGUUAACACUGCUCAGUGUGACCAGAUUGAACUUAUUUAGACUGGCAAGGUGAAUGUUUUUGAAUCUAUGUGUGUUUAAAGUUCAAUUUAAAAAAAUUAAUAAAUACUGAAUUACAACAAUUA